AGCUCUGAGCAGGAGGUUGCGCUGCGGAGCCUGGAUGUAGCGGGGGGGGGGUCUGCGCGGAGAGCUCCCUGCAGCCCGGGCCGGGGCGGGAGAGGGGCGAAGCGCAGCGGGAGCAGCGGGGCUCUGCCCUGCCCCAGCCAUGGCUCGCCCCAGCAGCCGCCGCCGCCGCCCGUCCGGUUGGUAGCCCCGUGCCGGUCGGGUUGCGCGCCCGGGCCUGGGCUCCGCGCUCCGUGAUGACUAUGAGCUCCCUGGCCGAGAGCCUGCUGGGGCCGGACCCCUCCAAAUCCGCCUUCCUGGAGUUCGGGCACAGCCACCCGCCCUCGCCCCAGCCGCCGCCCUCCCCCGGCCUGACCCACGGCCACUACCCCCUCCACGGCUUGCACGAGGGGGGCCCCUUUGCACCCUACGGACGGUCCGUGGCUUACCCGUACCCCGGCUCGGCCGGCGGCACCCACCACCCGCACCAUCUCCACGGCAGCCCGUACCUGUCCUACACGCAGCCGGCCAGCGCCCUGGGGCACCGGGGCAGACUAGAGGAGACAGAGCACGAGAAAACCACCGUGAUCGAGAACGGCGAGAUCCGCAUCAACGGCAAAGGGAAGAAAAUCCGCAAGCCCCGCACCAUCUACUCCAGCCUGCAGCUCCAGGCUCUCAACCAGCGCUUCCAGCAGACCCAGUAUCUGGCCCUCCCUGAAAGAGCGGAACUGGCGGCGCAGCUGGGACUGACCCAGACGCAGGUCAAGAUCUGGUUUCAGAACAAACGCUCCAAGUACAAGAAGAUCAUGAAGCAGGGCUCCAGCGUUCAGGAAGGGGAGCACCUCCACACCUCUGCAUCCUUGUCCCCCUGCUCACCCAACAUACCCCCUCUCUGGGACGUUUCCAUGGCUGGCAAAGGAGCCCCGAUCCCGCCUAGCAGCUACAUCAACAGCUUUGGACCUUGGUAUCAGCCACACCAGCAAGACGCCAUGCCAAGACCACAUAUGAUGUGACACUGGGCUCUGCCUUGAUCCCUCCUCCCCACCCACCCCCAGAAAAAGAAACACAAGCCCUCAGCUCUUUGAGGAACUGAUGAAACCAUCAAGUCUCCGGGAGUUCCGCCGGCCACAUGGGAAAAUUCUCCAGGCCUUCUGCUGAGAACGUGGAACCUCUGUGAGGAGUUGAUGCUGACAUUUGCAUAGAGCAGAGGAGAGCAAAGGCAAUGAUGUUAUCCCUGCCAGGAAUAAAGAAAACCUACAAAGAAAUUGUUCACCAGUCUGGGGACGUGUUCAGAGACUGGCUUUUUUUCUCCUCUGCUCCUCAGGAAUGUAAAGAGGGAGGAGAUGAUCCUCAAUGGGCGUUAACUGGUGCCAAGUCAAUGGAACUCGGGCAAUUUACAUCAUCUGACAAUCUACACCCCCCCCCCCCAAAUCCCUCCCUCUCUUGGAUAAAGACUUUAUCGACUAUCCAAUAUUACCCUCCUCCCUUUUUGUGCUGUAGGUAGCCCAUUCUAUACACAUCGACAGAUUUCUACUUGGAAAAUAUAUAUGUGUAUAUAAAUCUCUCUAUAAACUCUUCCAUACUGCAAAGCAAAUGCUCACUCCACAUUUGAGUGUCCUGCUGUUAAUAUUUUUAAAGUGCUUUAAUACCAGGAUUGUGUUUACAGACAGUGACUCAGAAGAGUUUGAGGAAUGUAAUUUCCCUCCAGGCCUUUUAUAAAGCGCACCCCCACCCCCACCCCGAAAGGCAGAGAGAGAACUUGUUCGCGUUCAGUUUUAGCCACCAAACAGUGGGGAUUUCUUUCUGGAAGAAUUUGUGAUUCGAUUUAACACACAUUCUCCACAUUCAUUCGAUCUCUAAUCCCCUCCUGUACCCGCCCACCUGAAGCCAUGGUUUCUCCCCUCCUGGCUGGCAAAGAUUUAUUUAUAAAUAACAUUUUGUUAUGAUGUUGUUUCUCUUUAUAAAUAGGGUGUAAAGCUGUAUAGUAAAUGUCUUUCCUCCGAUCGGUUUUUGCCCCCCCCCCAUUUUAUAAUACCAUUUCUAAUGUAAUUUUUCAACUCUGGUCUAAGGAGGGGGAAUAGGUUUUCCCCUGGUCACUACAGGAAAACGUUGAGGAGAAAUGUUUUCUUUAACAAGAAUUGUUUCCAUGUUUUCCCAGUAAAAAGAAUCCAGUGGGGGGUGGGAUAGCCCAAUGGUUUGAGCACUGGCCUGCUAAACCCAGGGUUGUGAGUUCAAUCAUCAAGGGGGCCAUUUGGGGCAAAAAUUGGGGCUUGGUCCUGCUUUGAGCAGGGGGUUGGACUAGAUGACCUCCUGAGGUCCCUUCCAACCCUGAUAUUCUAUGAAUACUUGCUUGGAUUUUUGUUCUGAUUGCUUGGGACAAGGGCCUGCUGGCUGAGGACGUUUGCGCGGGCGCUUGACUUUACUACCGGUAGUAAAAUGUAGGCAGCAAGGGACCGAGGUCUGCAAAGCAGAAUCAGGGAGCAUUGAGCUCCAGGCUGAACAAGCUCGAGGCGAGGGGGGGCGCAGAAUGAGCGUUUUAUUUCCCUAGGGGCCCGAUCCAAAGCUCCUGGGAAGCUUUUUGAGGGACCUAGGGCAGGGGUCGAAUUUCCCAUGCGGACAACGCAAGAGAAGCGCAUUUGCGUUUUAUGCUAUGAGAAAAUUCCGGUUGGGGGGUUAUUACCGGUUUAUUAUUUAGCUCUCCAGCUGUGCCGAGGAGUACAGGGCAAAGGGAGCCUUUCUCCCAGGAGAAAAGGAAGACUUGGGGCACCUUAGAGACUAACGCAUUGAUUUGAGCAUAAGCUUUGGCGAGCUACAGCUCACUUCAUCGGAUGCGAGGGCAGCUUUCUCCCAUGAAAGGAGUGACUCCCUCUCCCAGGCAAAGAGGCAACCUGAAUUCUAGGCCCUGAUCUUGCUUCCAGGUUAGUUAAUGGCCAAAAGUCCCUUUGGUUUCCAGGUUACAGGAGCGGGGCUUACUUUUUUAAAGUUAAUCUCCUGUGAAGACAAAUGGAUCCCUCCUUUCAAAUAUAAUUGUUUAAAAAGCAACCCCCCCCCCCCCCGCCGCCCAUCGUCUCUUGCUGGCUUUCCAAUACCCACCAAAUGUCCGGGUUGCCAACAUCACAAAAGAGCCCUGGCGCAGGCAGGACCAGCCUUGCACCUUGGAGGUGAAAUGCUACCAGAUCCCAAGUACUUUGGGCGGCUGGGGAUGAGGGGAGGGUGCUGGAGACUCGGGCUUCAGGGUCCAACAUCUGUAAGGCCCCAUUUUCAGAGAGGCUCGUAGGCCGCCGCUGGGCACCCGCAAAAAUUAGCUCAAUCGUCAGGCUGGUGCGGAGGAGGAAAUAUCGGGGCAUUAUUUCCGAGGGAGGAAAAUAAUCAUCACACUUAUUAAUAACACUAAUCAUACCUACCUCUAGCGGCUUUUAAGAACUCCAGGAGCAGGAUCCCGCCGCAUUGUUAGGCGGGACCAGAUUUUGCUCUGAGGUGUAAAUCCGGAGUAACCCCCCCCCCCCUCCAGUGGCUCCGGAUUGACCGCGGCGGCACUCGGAGCAGCUGCGGGUCCUGGGCGCCCCUUCAAGGCGCAGGAUCGAACCUUCCGCUGGGGCGGGGGGGUGUCUCCGCUCCGAGGGUCCUGCUGUGGAAAGGGGAGUGGCGGCGGCUGAAGCUGUGGGUGCGACCCCGCAUCCAGUUGGAGGGAAUCUCCCAGCAGGAUAAGUGGGGGGAGGGGCGCGAUUUUGCCAGCUGUCCUUUAAGGGGGAGGCUGACCUAGGGCUCUGCUCCCUUCACCAUUCAAGGGUCGGUGUAAACACCUCCAAAUUAUCGCUGGGGUGUAAUUAGCGCCCAUUAAAUCUCGCCCAGGUCAUUAGAUUCCCCCCCCCCCCCCCCCGCUUUGUUAUAGUCUCUGGGAAUAAAAAGAACCUUUAUCCCCCC